AUGUUCCGGGAACUGUGGGAAAAGUUACUCUAUCUCAUCAUGCUCUUUUGGCAAUGUAAAUAUGAUGACAGGAUGGAUGCUGGAAGCCUCAACAAGACCCAGUACUCUGGUAAAUGGCACUUCCUCAUGGUGGCAGCGGACUCGAACAACUCACUGAUUAAAUUCAGGGCCAUGGACAGCUCAGUCUUCAUGCUCACACCCAUGGACGACACGGAGAUGUUGCUGCUCCGAGGAGAGAUCCGUCUCAGCCAGUGCGUACUUCACUGCUUAUAUGGGCUUAGAUUGACCACGCUUGUGCCUCUCAACAUGGCCAAGCAGCCAGCACAGGCAGGAUGGACCAAAUGUCCCUUCCUUUUGUACUGUACAUACAAACAGAAAUACAAUGAGGAGAUUGCUUCGAUGAAAUGUAUGACUCGACAGUGGACCUAUCACAUCAACAACGAGACUCAGGAGCUGAUCCUGGAAGGCCAGCCCGAUCUGAAGACAGAGAUAUUUGUGAAAAAGAAUAAUGAUUGUAUUCUGCUCCUGGAGACACAGGAAAAAGGAUCGGAGACCUUUCGAAGGCUGAUGCUUUAUGACAGAUCUCCUACCGUGACUAAGUACAGCCGCCUAGAAUUUGAACACCGUGCCAAUUGCAUGAACCUGUCAUCCAUUUUUGUUCUGGAACAGGCCCAAGUGCCUUGUGAACUUUGA